AUGCUUGUUGGCAAUAUUCCUCUUGAGUUGGGUAACCUUACCAGUCUUCGUGUCAUAGACUUUGCAUAUAAUUAUCUGUCAGGAGCCAUACCAUACAAUCUCGGCAACCUUAAAGCUAUGAAAUUUGCUCAUAAAAUAUUCUAUAACACUAAGGUUGCACUUGCCAUAUAUGAUAAAAUCUCCUUUGAUUUUGUUGACAACAUGGAAAUUCUUUACAUGGUAUCAAAUAAACUCCUCAGAGGUUACAUGGAUAAUGUUAAUGUGUAUUUGAAAGGGAGGAAUAUUCAAUAUGAUAAGCUGCUACAACUUCUGAUAUCCAUAGACCUCUCAAGAAAUCAGUUAUCAAGGAAGAUUCCUGAAGAAGUAAUGAAUCUUUCUUAUUUACAAAAUCUGAAUCUAUCUAGAAACCUUUUGACGGGAAGAAUUCCAGACAAGAUUGGCACGUUACUGAGGUUAGAAUCACUUGAUUUAUCAAAGAAUGAUCUUUCAAGUGCUAUUCCAACAACAAUGAUCAUGCUAUCUUUCUUAAGUCAUCCAAACCUAUCAUAUAACAAUUUAUCUAGAAGAAUUCCAGAUAGUGGGCGGUUUCUAGCACUUUCAGAUCCAUCUAUCUAUUUUGGAAACUAUGCUUUUUGUGGCUUUCCAUUGGACAACGAUUGUGAAAAUGUUGACAAACCAUCCUUGUAA